CCCCCUGAGCUGCAGGAGCAGGAGAGAUCCGCUGUGAGUCCAAGCUGAUCAAGAAUUCCGGCUCUCUGGUACCUCCAGCUGUGCCAGGGAGUUCACUCCGGCUGAUUUGGUGUCCACACUGCUCCCUGUGGCCUCUCCCCUCCAUGGCCCUCCUGGCUCUCACCCUGGCACUGCUGGCAAUGACCGUGGCCACCCAGGUCAUAACGGUGCCCCUGGACAUGGCCCUGAACUCCUUCGAUGACCAGUACCAGGGUUGUGGCCCUGACAUGAUGGCGGAGCUCCCGGCCCUGAACCGCUCCGAGUUCCGGAAGAAUCCUCUGUUCGCCCAGGUCUGGCCGAAGGCUGUGGCAGAGUGGAGGAAGAAGGGGUCCCGUAUAGACCCUCUGUCGUCCCCAGCCCAGGCCAUCGCCAUCAUGGCCUACACCUUGGAUGUGUCCAUCAAGGGCGAACGUCUAUAUGAGGAGUUCAACAAGAAAGUGCGAGAGGCCGGGCGCUCCUCCCAGGAAUACCGGGACAAUUUCCACUUCAAAACGCUGCAUUUCCUGCUGACCGACGCCCUGGCCACGCUGUGGGAUGCUCAGGGGCAGAAAUGUCGCUGUGUGUACCGGGGGGUGGACAAAAUCAAGUUCAAGGCAAAUGUUGGUGACAUCGUCCGGUUCGGUCAGUUCGCGUCAUCGUCUCUUUGCAAAGAUGUCAUCAAAAGAUUUGGGAACACCACAGUGUUCCAGGUGCAGACGUGUCACGGCGCAGACAUCCACGCAUUCUCCAAAUUUAACAAAAAGGAGAAGGAGGUGCUGAUCCCACCCUUUGAGAAGUUCAAGGUCACCUAUGUCAAUAACGUUGAGGAUGGCAAGAGGAAGGUGGAGAUCCACCUCGACUCCAUCGGGACCUACAGCCGAUACAAAUGCGAGUGGCUGAGAGGUGGGUACAUCCCCAGGAUCCCUACCAGCUCAGAGGACGAUCACCGAGGCCACCAGGACAGCCAGAGAAACAAGGCCACCAAGGAUACCAAGGCCACCACUGCCACUAUGGCUGCCUUGGCCAUCAUGGCCUCCAUGUGGUCACUGUGGCCACCACUGGCAUUGUGACCACUGCAGCCACCACAGCCACUCUGGCCACCAUGGUCACUGUAAGCACCAAGGCCACUGUGACCACCAUGAUCACCAAG